AUGAGUAUAUCGACUCGAGUGCCAAUUCCUCUACGUCUUCGACAAGAUCGCGAGCCCGUGUAUGUAAACGCAAAACAAUAUCGAGCGAUAUUGAGGCGCAGACAAUACCGUGCCAAGCUCGAGUCUCUCGACAAACUGUCGAGAGUUAGGAAGCCUUAUCUGCAUGAAUCUCGCCAUCGUCAUGCUUUAAAUAGGGCUAGAGGAUCAGGUGGACGCUUUCUGAGUACGAGGAAACUCCAAGAAUCUAAACCCAAUGCUACAACUGGUGGACAAGACAUCCCAUUUGUGACUCGCCUCCAAAUGACCAUAAAAACUAGGAAAUGUGAAGUUCGUCGUCACGAAGUUUACGAGGAUGCUAAUUCCACCAAAUAUAAAAGUUCAUCCAACAAUGAUGAUUUUCUCAGGCAACAAGAAUUCCAGUUAUUUUCACUGCAAGAGGGUGGAGGUAGCAUUCAAUACUAUUUUCACUGUACCUAA